AUGUCAGAAACACAGCGCCAUAUUCACAUUGAGCAGGAGGACAUACAAACAGCCACUGAUACUUACUUAUUUGACGAAGACAACAAUAUGGAAUACGAUGAGAGUCAGACCACAUCCCAGUUUGACACACUGCAAUGUACGAUGGCUAGCAUAGUAUCGGGAGAGGCCUCCCAGAUGAACCUUGAAGAGCGCUUCAAUGAUGUCACAGGCCAGCCAUCAACUUGGAUGACUCGGUUGGGCAAGAGGGAGACCUCCCAGAUGGACUUGGAUGAUGUCACAGGCCAGCCCCCAACAGCUCCGCUCGACAAGAGGGAAAAGCGAGUCACCAAUCCGGUACUACCUGACAAGUGUCGCAUCAAAGAAGUUGACUACUCAGAGACAUUACGCACCACCGUGUACAGUCAAAAGGAACUGAUCAACAAUAUGAGAACGGAGGUGGAAAAUCAACAAGUAGAACAUGUGUGCAACAUAAACGACAUGAAACAGCAACUAGCAAAGGCCCAUGACGAAAUCAGAAGGACCCGUGUCCAGCAGCAGCAACUUGAAGAACAUAUUAAAGAAACUUGCGAAGCACUCGGCCAGGGUAAUCAUGAGGCAAUAAAGGCCGCUAUGCAGAAAAUCCAAGAGGACGCUCGCGACUACUUGGCACAAGAACGGGCACGGCAAGAAGCAGAGCUGAAUGAAAAACCGAUCCAACAUGAGGAAGAGUUGAAGAGAAAGACAAAUGAAGAGGUGACGUGA